AUGGUUGAACAAUUGAAAUUUAUUGUUGAACAAUUAAAACGACCGCCAUUCAAUCGGAAAGAUUAUAAUAUUCUUACGUUUGAUAAUUUAACAAAUAAUCAAUUGUUGCAAGUUUUAACUGAUGUAUUCGCAGUUAUUGAUCCGAAGGAACAGGCGCAUAAAAUCGAUAUUCGUGAUGAAGAACCAGAUAAAACUGCAACUCGGCACAUGAAUACAUUGAAGAUGCUCGGCUAUCGGCCGAAAUUAGACACUGACGUAAACACCUUUCGACAGAAUUUAGUCAGUGGUGAUAAAAGCGUUGUUUUUCCAAUUUUACAAUGGUUACUCGAAAAAGUUCCUGAGCACAAAGAACGUGCUUAUCUCGGUCGAUAUUUAUCUCGAACGGAGGUCCCGACCGAGUUUUUAAGCGAUCCAGAAAUCGCUGAGCAAUACGAACGAUGUGACGAAUUGAUGGAAGAAUUCAAGGAAAUUCAUCACGCAUAUAAAGAAACCACGUCAACUCCGCAUACGAUCGAAGAUCUUCGACGUGACAUAAAACAACUUGAGGAUGAAAAGGAAACGUUACAAAAACGUCUGGAAAAACAAAAACCACGUGUUCAAAAAGUUCCCGCUGCACAAAUUGAACUUGCGAAAAAUUAUCGACAGGAAGUGGAAAAAGAAGCGAAAUUAAACACGAUGAAACAGGAUUUACAAAAUGCAAUCAACCAAUUAGAACAAAAGAUCCAACGUCUCGAACGACAAAUCGCUGAUCAACGUUCGUCAUCAUAUGAUCAAUCACCAGAAGCGAUUAUGAAACGAAUGGAAGAAGAAAAUCAAGUAAAUAGUUAUCUCGUAACCGAGAAAUUUCCUAAACAACUAAGUCAAAUGAAAACGAAAUUGAAAUAUUACGAAGAAGUAACAAGCAACAAAGCAUUAGGACAAACAGAACUUACAAGUUAUCGAGCAAAAAUUAGUGAAUUAAACUCGGCGAUCAAUAAACUUCAUGAGAAACGUGUUUUAAUCAAAGAUCCAACGGCAGAUAACUUAGCUGUUUUCCGUCAACAAGCAUUGAUCGUUGCGCGACGAAAAGAACAAGCUGCUGAACGCCUCACUCAACUACGCGCAGAAAAUGACGUACUCGAAAAGCAAUCCGGAAGAGGUGCAUCUAUCAAUGGUGGUGGUGGUGGUGGUGUAUCAUCUCUAAUGAAACAAGCAGGACAUAUACCGCAAGGAGAAGAAUUUCAACGAUAUGUGAAUAUGUUACGAAGCAAAGGUAAUGCGUAUAAACGAAAACGUCAGGAAUUGAAUGAUAUGACAGCGGAAAUACAAUUGCUGAAAAGAACGGAAGAACUUCUCAAGGAACAAGUUGAACAAAUCAAAAGUCGAAUGUCUAUGGAAGAACGUAAACAAGGUAUUGAAGGAUAUUUUUCCACUCAAGAACGUUUGGAACAGUUAUCAACAAUGAAAAUGGAACAAGAUGAACUAAAAGGCAAAUCACUCGAUGAAAUUACAAAUUUAAUCAAAACAUUAAACACACGAAUAUCAUCGAAGAAAGCAGAACUUGAUCCAAUUCUCAAAGAAGUUAAACCAUUACGUGCAAAAGUUCAAGAAUUGCGUAGUGAAUAUGAAGCGAAGAAGACUAAAUAUGAUGCAUUGAAUGCAAAUUUCGAAAGUAGUCGAUCAACAUUAGAAUCCGAAGUUCGAGGUUUUUAUGACGAACAAUACGCGCAGGAAUCUCGUUUUCAUACAUUACGUGCCCAAAUGUUAAUUCAUGCUGUACAAUUAAAACGAGCCAAUGAUGAACAAAGUUCAUAUAUGUCCAAAGACAAAGCAACAAAAUCAACAAGAGAGUUACUUAAUAAACAAAUUAGUGAUUAUGAAGUUCGUAUCAAAGCUAAUCGUGAUCGACAAAAAGCUACGAAAGAUGUACACAUUGAUGGUACGAAACAAAUGAAAUAUUGGCGUGAUCUUUUACGUAUGAUGGAAUUGAAACAAAAAUUAGCUACGGGAGAUUCAUAA